AUGCCUAACAAACAGAUCACCUUCACACCCGCGUGCAGCGAGACUAACGUUUCGUUUGUAAUGAUGCUGGACGAACGAGACUUUGCCGCCAAGAAACAACUUUUUGAAACAGGGGUUCCUACAGAUGUGCAGAUGCAGCCCUAUGAAAUGUUUAAGACAACGCAGAGUAGCAUAAGCCUGGUCCCUGCUACAGAGAUGGAAGUACUGAAUACGUUCGGGUCAAUCAAUGGAAACAAAAUCUUGGAAUUCAUGUUUGAGAGUGGAAACAUGAAUGGCAAAGUAGCCUUGUAA